ACGAAGCCCAAACCCUCUCUUCCUCCUCCGAGCCCACGCAAACCGUCGGUGCACGUCACGCACACCCCAUCACGCGUUUUUUGUUUUUCUCUGCAUCGCACCACAUCGCAUAUGAUGACAACACCGCCUACUCCACCACUGCUCUCUUUCCUCCAUCUCUCUCUCAUUUCUUAGCGAUCUUCUUCUAAUCGCCGGCCAACGCUCCGGCGACUCUUCUCGCCGGAGAAUACGGCGGAUCUGGGUGGGGAUUCCACCUCGCAUUUCGAGUUCAAUUGCCCCGGCUCUGGAAAGGUGGUGUUGUAGCAAAUAUCAGAGCUUUCAAUUUUUGUUUCUUUUCUUCUUUUGAGCAGUGUUGUAGGAAAAUAGGGUUAUUGAUGCAAUUGUUUGAGGGAAUCUUCGAAAGUGAGAGUUUUGGUGGAAAUCUUUGAGGACGGGUGGGGAAUGUGGUGAGUAUUGCCUCAGUUUUGGAAAUCGGUUUCGGAUCUUUGCUGGUUUCUAUAUAUAGCAAGAGCUUAAAAAGGAAUGCCAUUUUUUUGGAUCCGACAUUGAGCAAUACGCCCCGUUUCGUUGACUGCUUGAUGUUGUAGAAGGAAGAGAGAUACACAGAUUGAUGUGCAAGAUAGAGAAGAAGGAGAGAAAGGGAGUGAUGGGAUUCAAGGUGUUAGGAGGAGGAGGAGCAGACAAGUUCAAGAACUCGAUGCUCGUCACGACGACGUCGUCGCCGUCGAGGUCGAAAAUGAAGCUGUGGAUGAUACGGGCAACGACGUCGGUUUUGUUGUGGACGUGUAUUGUACAAUUAACGGCUUUGGGGGAUAUGUGGGGGCCUAGGGUUUUGAAAGGCUGGCCUGCUUGUUUCUCUCAGGAGUCUGCUGCCGCCUCUUCUGUUUUGCAAGACAAGUUGCCUUCCGUCCCGGCCAGAGCUCUUCCGCCCAAGAGGGUUUAUAAAAACAAUGGCUACCUGAUGGUUUCAUGCAAUGGGGGACUCAAUCAAAUGAGAGCAGCGAUAUGUGACAUGGUUGCUAUUGCAAGAUAUUUGAACGUCACUCUCAUUGUCCCUGAGCUUGAUAAAACCUCCUUUUGGGCUGAUCCCAGCGAGUUCCAAGACAUAUUCGAUGUGGAUCAUUUCAUCACAUCCUUGAGAGAUGAAGUUCGCAUAUUGAAAGAGUUGCCUCCGAGGGUUAAGAGGAGAGUGGAACUAGGAAUGAUUUAUACCAUGCCACCAAUUAGUUGGUCUGACAUGUCUUAUUAUCAUAAUCAGAUUCUUCCUCUGAUACAAAAAUACAAAGUGGUACAUCUAAAUAGAACUGAUGCCCGACUUGCCAAUAAUGGACAACCUUUGGAUAUUCAGAGACUUCGAUGCCGAGUAAAUUUUAGUGCUCUGAGGUUUACUUCUCAGAUAGAGGAGUUGGGUAAAAGGGUUAUCAGGCUUCUAAGGCAAAAUGGUCCUUUCCUAGUGCUUCAUCUUAGAUAUGAAAUGGACAUGUUGGCAUUUUCUGGUUGUACUCAAGGUUGUAACACUGAGGAGGUGGAAGAAUUGACAAGAAUGAGAUAUGCUUAUCCCUGGUGGAAAGAGAAAAUAAUCAAUUCUGACCUGAAAAGGAAAGAUGGUUUGUGUCCUCUGACACCUGAAGAAACUGCUCUUACGCUGAGCGCACUUGACAUUGAUCGCGAUAUUCAGAUUUAUAUUGCAGCUGGUGAAAUAUAUGGUGCAGAGAGGAGAAUGGCAAGUCUUGCAAAGGCUUAUCCCAAAUUGGUCAGAAAGGAGACACUGUUGGAACCGUCAGACCUUAGGUUCUUUCAAAACCACUCAUCCCAAAUGGCAGCACUGGAUUAUCUUGUCUCAUUGGAGAGCGAUAUUUUUGUUCCCACAUAUGACGGAAACAUGGCUAAAGUGGUUGAAGGCCAUCGCAGAUUUCUUGGGUUCAAGAAGACAAUUCUACUGGACAGAAAGCUUCUUGUUGAUUUGAUAGACCAGUACACAAGUGGAUCAUUGAAUUGGGAUGAAUUUUCAUCUGCAGUAAAGGAAGCUCAUGCAGGUCGAAUGGGGAACGCAACUAAUAGAUUGAUGAUCCAAGACCGACCAAAAGAGGAGGACUAUUUCUAUGCCAACCCAGAAGAGUGUUUGCAACCGUUAGAUGAACAACUGAGUAGUACGUGAUAUAUAUAUAUAAUGUUAGAAGAUUGUGACACUCAUCCAUGUUCUACAGUGUUGGCUAUUUUCCCACAGAUGUAUAAGAAAGUUGUCUGCAGAGGGAUAGCCAUAAUGAGAUUUUGUUCUGAAGAGGCGAUGAAGAUUAUUGUGGGGGGGAAGUAAGUAAUCUUCAAUAAAGCCCUGAGAGGAUCUAUGGUACCAGCUGCUGGAGGACAUGUUUUAUCUUUUAUAUAAGCCAAAUAAUCCAUCCAAAUCAUCAUGUAUAGAAAGCUGCCCUGCCAUUCAGGGUGGGAACGAAUUAAAACUGCAUUGUAUGUGGGGGAAACAUAUAGGUUUGGUUUACUGGAACUGCAAAAUCAUCAAAGGUCAACCCCUA